AUGUCUCAAAUGUCAAGGGAAUCUCGUUCUAGUGCUAGAUCUUCUUCAAGCUUUUCUGUUCGACGAAGAAUGAUUCGUAAUGGGAAGUGUUUCUGUGGAGACAGGGUAGUUUUCCUCACUUCCCACACUGGUAUUAACCCAAAUAGGGAUUUCUGGAGAUGUCGACAUUUCUUGAAACCAAAUGACUGUGGGUUCUUUCUUUGGGAUGAUGAGGCUGGCUUAGAAGCUUAUGAAAGACAAAAUUUGUUGAAACUCGUGAAGAUAUCUGAUGAAUUGGCUGAUAUGAAGAGGAUUUUGGAGGAUACAAAGAGGGAAUUAGAGGAAACCAAGAACAAGCUGGUUGAUUCGAACAAAAAAUUGGAGGAUAGAAAGAAUUUGACAAUUUUGACUUGUGUACUGUUGUGUGUACUUUUAGUAUGGGCUGUAGCUGGAAUGAUAUUGUAUUGA